AUGACCAGCAGCAUGAAUUUCUGUGGCACCUGGAAAGUUUAUUCUGAGGAAAAUCUUGAGGCGUUUUUAAAAGUCAUGGGUGCACCUGAAAUGAUUAUCAAAAUGCGAAAGGAUGUCAAACCAGUGUUGGUGAUUGAGCAGAAUGGCUCAGACUUCACCUACACCAUGAAGACUCCCCUCAGCACCAGAGUCCACUCAUUCAGCCUCGGCAAGGAGUCCGAGAUGACUGUGGCGGAUGGCAGGAAGUUUAAGUGCACUAUCAGAGAGGAGAACGGGAAGCUGAUCGCUGAGACUGAAAAGUUCACUGCUGUUCGAGAGCUCCAAGGAGACGACAUGGUGGAGACAAUCACAGCUGGCGAUGUAGCUUUCAUCAGCAGAAGCAAACGAGUCUGAUCUCGGCCUGAAGCUGAUCAAUCUUAAUUAUUACACAUUCUCUCCUUUAAGCAGGGAACCAUGUGGAUAACACAUUGAAAAC